CAGCAGCAAUGGGAGGCCAUACAGCACCCUAUGACAAAAUGGAACCCACCAGCAGUGUGAGGAGACCUGAAAGUGGCACAUGGCAGAGUGUGGCGAUGGAGACAGCAGCAAUGGGAGGCCGUACAGGGACCCAUGACACACUCUGGACCUGGCAGCAGCAUGAGGAGGCGGUACAGGGGCCCAUGACAGAUUACGGGCCUGGCAGCAGCAUGAGAAGUCGGCGGUACAGGGGCCCAUGGCAGAGUGGCGGAGCGUAAGCAGCUAAAAUUGAAGGCCAUACAGAGGCCUAUGUUAAAAAGUCCCCCCAGCAGCAGCGUGGGGAGACGACUAUCAAGAGUCCAAUGGCAGAGUGGCGGAGCAGAAGCAGCUUCAAUUGAAGGCCAUACACAGGCCUAG